GGCGGUGCCCAAAGGGCGGCGGCUGUGCUGCGAGGUGUGCGAAGCCCCGGCCGAGCGGGUGUGCACGGCCUGCACGGUCACUUAUUACUGAUUUCUAUAUCCUUGUAUCCUGGAGAUGUCAAGAUUUUUCCAUAAAAUAAAACUGAGCGGUUUGGUUCAUCAAAGAGCUGACUGGAGCAGCAUCCAUGAGAAGAUAUGUCAGCUGCUGAUCCCGCUGCGCACUUCCAUGCCCUUCUACAAUUCGGAAGAGGAGCGGCGGCAUGGCCUACAGCAGCUCCAGCAGCGGCAGAAGCAUUUGAUUGAAUUCUGCUACACUGUAGCCCAGAAAUACCUCUUUGAAGGAAAACACGAAGCUGCCGUUCCAGCAGCUUUGCACUCGCUUCGCUUCCGCAUGAGUGUGCAUGGCCUGAGCUCAGUAGAGCUUGUACCUGCUUACCUGCUCUUGGCCGAGGCGAGCCUUGGUCUGGGCCAGAUUGUUCAAGCUGAAGAAUAUCUAUCCCAAGCCCAGUGGACAGUCCUCAAAUCAACUGAAUGUUGUUAUGCCACCCAAUCUUUACUGCAUCGGAACCUGGGACUUCUCUCUAUAGCCAAGGAGAACUAUGAGGAAGCCCGUUAUCAUCUGGCCAAUGAUAUUUAUUUUGCCAGUUGUGCAUUUGGAACAGAGGACAUCAGGACCUCGGGGGGCUAUUUCCACCUGGCUAAUAUCUUCUACGGCCUUAAAAAGUUGGACCUAGCAGACACAUUGUACACCAAGAUCGCUGAGAUCUGGAGUAAAUACCUGAAUAAUCGCUACCAAGUGCUCUCACAGAAUCGCAUCCAGCAGAUAGACUUACUGGGCAAACGAUUUGAGACCGACACUGGCUUGGCCGAAGCUGAGGGGGACCCCAAGGAAUCCCACUGUGACAGCUUCCUGCAUUUGGGGCCUAAGAAAUCAAGAGCUCAGGACUCCGAAAGAGAGAAACCAGAAACCGUAGCUACCUUGAGCAACUUGUGGGGAGGAGCAGGUUUGGUGGAGCUGCCUGUUACCACCUGGCUUCCUACUUGCACGUGGCCACCAGCUUCCUUCCUUUCCAUUGCAGAUGAAGCCCAGGAAGCAGAAGCCAUACAGAUACUGACCUCAAUCUGGAAUAUUCGAGAAUCUACAUCCAACACAGACCCCCAAAAGACAAUCUUUGUUCUGAAAAUCCUGGUCAUGCUUUACUACCUGAUGAUGAAUUCUUCAAAGGCACAAGAAUAUGCCAUGAGAGCCUUCAGUCUAGCCAAAGAACAGCAUCUCAGUGUCAACGAACAAAGCACCAUUGAAGACUUACUAAAUAUGAUCUCAGCUGAAGAAGCUCAUCCCAUUACUUAGUGACCCAUGAACUCUGCAUCAGGGAACCGUUCAAGGGGCUACUCAACAUCAAAUAUAUUCCAGUUUGCACAACUGCUUUGAGGAGCUUGCUGAAGCUCCUACUCAUUUCCCCUGGGCCUGCUUAUGGAGUCAUGUUUUUAUUCUUACACAGCGUAUGGGAGGGAAUAUAGAGUUUUAGGCAUAGAAAUCAGUAAAACUGAUCUUUAUCAUGA